ACAGUCUGGUCUCUAAUCUCCUAUAAGUAACGUUUCAGCGAAAGGUGGCUUUCUGUCUAGAUACUUUGUCUUUUAGGUGGUGACUAACUAAUAAAUCCAGAAUUGUUCUCUGUUCCUGAACAUCUCUGGCUGUAGUGCGAGGGUCAUUCACCUCUCCCGGUGUGCAGUGAUCUCACCAUAAAGGAAUAAAGUCAUCACAUCACGCUAGUUAAACAGACACACUCCAGCUUACAGGCGCACCUGCAUGUUCGCCCCUCUUAGUCUCGAAAGGUUUAACUCUAAGGGAUCCUUUUCUUAAAAGCCUUAGAUUCAGAGUGGAUCUAAUCAAAGGAUGAGCAGAAAGGGACAUUUUUUUAGGAACGAAGGGAGAUGUCUUCUAAGCAAGAAGUACAUUUUGGAAAAUUGUGUAACACACCUUUGAUCUGUGCCUUGUAACCUCAGGAAUAUCCGCAGCCCUUUGAAAUGAAAGCUUAUUUAUUUAGUUAGUUCUUGUAAUCAUUAUGUACGCAGUAAGAUUGCAUUGUCUGAGCCUUCAUUUCGUGAUGUUUUUUUCUCUUCCUUAUGAACAUGUUGCCAAGUACAAUGUUCUCAGGAAGGAGAGAACUUGUUCCCACCCACAAGAGUGUUGGAAGUCCUCUUCCUGUGAGAAACUUGUCCUGGAGGUAGAAGACUACGAAGAAAGAGCCAAUCCAGUGAGGCAGACAGGAUGAUGCUGGAAGUGUUUGUGCUGUUACUGCUACAAGGUUGUUCAUGUGACCCGGACUCCGGUCCUCCGUCAGCAGCUGCUGCGGAAGCUCAGCUCCUGGUUCUCCGUGGUACGGGGCGGCCCCUGACCACACAGCCACCGGGCCCUUGCAGCUAUGAUCCCAAGACCCAUGGAAAGCAGAGCCCAUCCCCACGGAUCUGCCCUGGCAGUGCUCUGCCGCUGGCUUCCGACAGCCGGGACGUCACGCGAAAGUUGCUUCUCUGGGAGGGCAAAUUCAGCGAGGGGGAUCAGCGUUACAGGAGGGCUUUUGACGAUGGGGAUGAUUCUGAGGGAGGGUCAGGGGAUGCAGACGAAAACGACCCAACGCAGGAACAGAGGGAGUACUUAAGAUGGUAUUACCGCACGGAGGACUCCUCUUCCUGGAAGUACGCCAUGCUGGUUCUGUCCUUUGUAGCCCUCCUGCUGGGCUGUUUACUCUUUGGCCUGGGCAUCAUGGCUGACAGGAACAGGAAGGCCAUCGCCAUGUACAAGCCUGCGAUCCACGUGUUAGAAAUGGAGAAGCUGGACAGUGGGAACCAGAAUAGAGGGUCCUCAGAUGCUUCGCCCCAGGGAGACCGGGCCACAGUCACUGCCCUUGUGAACCGCGAUGAGGUAGAUGGGAUGAAACCAGGAGACAUUGUGUUAAAGUGGAAGGACGGCAGCGUGUCAGUGCUGUAGCCAGAAACCCAGAGCCCUGGUUCCACUGCCAAGCGACUGCUCCCUCUCAGCUGGGGGAUCAGGGGCCACCUCAGCAGUGCUCUCCAGCUACUCCUCAGGACCGCCUUCACUGUGACUGCCAAGUCUCACCUCACUGCACAGCCCUACAUAUGAAGAACAGCUGAGUCACUGCAUUGCAGUUCAGGGUCAUGCAGUGCUGAACUUGCCAGUCUUUGCAGCAGGGCUGGGGGUAUACAGUCACACUGAAGUCAAUUCAUAAAUAAUCACCUUUAUUUUCCUCAUUUUGAAUUUACUUUAGAUGCUCCUCCAAUUAAACAGAAUUCUCUUUCCAGUGAAUACUUCCCCGUAAAUAUAAUGACAAAUUUAGACAAUCAAUACAUUUCUUUGAUAGCUUCUCUACUGAAGAUGAAAUAUUUUAUCAGUUAUAUUUUUGGUGUACUUUAUAUAUGGUCUGCAAAAACAACAUGACUUAUGCCUGAGACAAUCUGAAGAGAAUAAAAAUGAAGAAAAUAUCAAUUAAAAAUCCAUCUGCCGGGCGGGGGGCGCUCUGUAUAUGUUACACUGACCGCUGGCUGAACUGGAACCACAGGCUUUUAAAUGGAUUAAACAGUAACAGGGUUUCAAACAGAACGAU